GUUCAAAACUAGUAAAAGUGCAAUCGCACUUCUAUCUACUCCAAGCUGCAUUUUGAUUCAGUUGCAUUUUGCAAUCAGUGAGUGGCGAGUGUUCUAGUGCACUUCUCAUCAUAGACUGUUAGUUUUGUUAGUAAUUUUCAGCAUAUUUUAGCACUUCUUAGCACUGAGGGAAAUAUGUCACUACUGCCCACAAUUCAAUUUUUCACAGUUGCGUGUCUUUUCCUGGGCAAAAUCGGCAGUUGCGAUUCGAAUACCAAUACAAGUCUCUAUAGUUUUGACAAUAGCUUUGAGCCUUUGACAGACUUUUUCUUCUUUCCGCCGUUUUCUGAUAACAUAACCGAUGCCAAGUGUAAGCUGCACAGUCGGAUUUACCAACAAGAGUUGAGGAAGUUCACCUUAUGGGCUGUGAAAAUGUUUGACUCAUCCACCAAGUUCCCGACGGGCAUUCUGUCGGGAUCCCACUACGACUUCGGCAACUUCGACGAGUGCUUGCAAGUGCAAGCGCAACUUGACGGCGAACUUAUCUCGGGCAAGUACUGCUUAGCUAAGUUGGCCUUCUCUCCGGCCGAUCAAGCACACCUUGAGAUAUUCGACAAAACACCUUCACUGCUGCAAUACUCUUUCAACGAAUCUGCCUGGCAGACUAUCAAGCGGUUCGCAAUCGACCCUUCAAAACGUAUCAGACAUGAGGUGAACUGGGCUCUGUGCAUUCCCGACUCGUGUCGCAGCCAAGACCUGGGCAUUCAACUGAAUGAGGCGCUACAGAAGGCUGUCACCAAGUUCAAUUUCAGAGGACAAAUCAGCGUCGAUGACAGAAAUUGUCAAACGGCUGAGUCAGCACUUCCUGUCAAACUCACCACUGCCGAUAUAACUUUCUUGAGUAUUAUUGGUUUUUGCGUUACAAUUGUUAUUCUCUGUACAAUGGCCGAUUUGUUCACGAGUAUUUCUGCUCUGCAAAAAUAUCGCCCCAGCGGCUACUCGGAAAAACUGAUAGAAGCGUUCUCAGCCUCCUCCAAUGUUCACAAACUGCUGACAUACAGCGACAAUGCAGACGGCCUCGACUGCCUGCAUGGCCUCAAAUUCAUCUCAAUCUGCCUCAUCAUCAUGGGCCACAGAGUCAUGUUCGCCCUCAGCACACCCAUUGUCAACACUGACUUCAUUGAGGGCUUUUACUCGAAAAUACUAGCCAUGAACCUUCUGAAUGGACCAAUAGUGGUGGACACCUUCUUUCUAAUCAGUGGCUUCCUGGUCUGCCAUCUUCUGCUCGAACAGUAUCAGAACAACAAAAACAUCAACAUAUUCGUACUCUACUUGCACCGAUAUAUCAGAUUGACCCCAGUCUACAUAGUGCUACUGGCCUUCUACUGUACCAUGUUUAUCAAGAUGGGUGAUGGCCCACUGUGGGUGGAAAAAGUGGGCAAGGAAAUGUCCAGAUGUCAGACCACAUGGUGGGUCAACCUGCUCUACAUCAACAACUAUGUCAAUGUCGACAAUCUUUGCAUGUUCCAGUCUUGGUACAUAUCAGCUGACUUCCACCUCUUCAUGAUAGCACCGUUCAUCGUGAAACUGAUAAGUAGCCGGCCGAAAUUUGGAGUUGCAAUCCUGGUUGCCCUGAUAUGCGCCUCAACGGCUUCAACAUUCUGGAGCAUCUAUCACAAGAAUCUUGACGCAUUGCUACUCCUCUAUAUCAGAACUUUGGAAAAUCCACUAGCCAACCAGACCUUCAGAGAUGUUUACAUGCCAACACACACUAGAGCAACACCUUACUUCAUUGGAAUCGCCACUGCCUACAUACUCAACAGGAUAAGGGCAAAGAAUAUUGUUAUUCCAAAGACAAUAGUGUGGACUGGCUGGCUGGUGUCAAUAUUCUUCGUAGAAGCAACCAUCUAUUCAGCGUGGUACUUCUAUGUGCCAGACUCAAACUACAGCGCCCUCAACUCGGCCAUCUAUGGGGCUGGCCAUCACAUCAUGUGGACUCUGGGAGUCUGCUUCAUGAUUAUCGCUAUGGCCACAGGGAACGGAGCUUUCAUAGAACCAGUGUUCGCGUGGAAACCUGUGAUCACAUUGAGCAGAUUAUGUUACUGUGCCUUCCUAUGCCAUGGGGGACUUCAGCUCUACAGUGUGGCCGCCCUCAGAAACCCCAUAUCUGCUAGUCUCUACAAUUUGACUUGGUUCUCAUUGGGUGACAUAAGUCUAUCCUUUUCUGCCGCUUUCUUCCUUUCGCUUGUAUUCGAAUCACCCAUUCUGAGGAUAGAAAGCAUUCUAAGGAAAAAAGGUUUAUCAAGUGAAAGCAACGAAGACCUAACAAAAAAGACUGAUAGCUUAGAAACUGUCGGUAAAGAAAUAUGAAAAAACUCAACUUUU